AGCUUCUAGAACGCCGCAUUGCUUCGCUCCUUCCCUCAGCUACAAGAUCCCCUCAUCGCCACUCCACGCAUCGGAAAUGAACUUGAGGAAAACCGAAAUGGCCAGGAGGAGUGGGGGCUUGUCGCCCUGGCGGUUCUGGUGUCUUUUCCCGGUGCUGUGGGGUGCACUGCAAGCCGCAGGAUUUCGGGUGGAGAUGGCAGGGAGGACUCAGACCGUGUUUCUCAACGACAACAUCACCAUCACCUGCAAGAUCCCUGGUUCUCCCGCUCUGGACAUCAGCACUGUGGGUGUUGUCUGGUUUGUGAGGAAAAAAGGAUCAGAGGAGAAAGUUCCUGUGUUUGAGUAUUAUGGAGAUCACGAGAAGGCAUACCGAACUGGAGCCAACAUCUCUCAGGAGAAGCUGAUGAAGGGAGAGGCCUCACUGCACCUGCCAGCCAUUCAGCUCAGUGAUGCUGGAGAGUACUUCUGUAAGGUGGUGGUCACCCCUGAGAUGGAUGAGAAAAGUGUGCAGCUGGAAGUUGUGGACCCUGUGAAGAACAAUAGCUACGUGAUUGUUUUACCUAUUGUUGCAGUGCUGAUUUUAGCUAUAAUUAUUGUGGUUUACUGCAUUCAGAAAUGGCACAAACAGAAAAAACAGACAUCCACUAGCAUGACAAAGAUUUAUGAAGCCGUGGACCAGAUCUGAGGCACGGGGUUUGUUGCUUGGAAAGCGAGCCAUCCACAUCUGUGUGCUCCUUCAAGUUCCGUUUGCUCUGCUCUCCAUCCAGCUUCCUACUCAUGCCCCAGAGAAAGCAGUGAAUGAUGACUAAUGCCUGGGUCCCUAUCACCUAUCCAACCAAUCUGGAUGGAGUUCCUACCUCGGGGCUUUGAUUCAGCACAGACCUCUGAAUGUAGCCGUGUCACCUCGUAGUGCCUUCCAUCAUGGACUGCAGCCUUGACUGUAUGCUCAAUCCCAUGACCUGCUUCAUCCUAUGCAAUGAAACAGUAGUGGAUGUGUGUCAGUCCCAGCCUAGACCUCAGGAGGCCAUGUGCAUUCAUCCUUGGACUUCUGUGAUGCAUCUGGGCUUGAACAAGUGCCUAGUCCAAGCCUGACUGC